UGGUCAGAGCUCUGGAGGCGGGGCUUCGAGCGUGGCGCGUGGGUUUCCCGUGAAGUCGCGGCUGCAGCGGGUGGGCGGCAUGUCUGUGGCCAGUGGGGAGAUUCGUGGGGACACGGGGGGAGAGGACACUGCUGCUCCCGGCCGGUUCAGCUUCAGCCCGGAGCCCACGCUCGAGGACAUCCGCCGCCUCCAUGCUGAGUUUGCUGCAGAACGAGACUGGGAACAGUUCCAUCAGCCUCGGAACCUCCUCCUGGCCUUGGUUGGGGAAGUGGGGGAGCUGGCAGAACUCUUUCAGUGGAAAACCGAUGGGGAACCUGGCCCCCAAGGCUGGUCCCCCAGGGAACGGGCAGCCCUUCAAGAGGAGCUUAGUGACGUCCUCAUCUACCUGGUGGCAUUAGCAGCCCGCUGCCGUGUGGAUCUGCCGCUAGCAGCGCUCUCCAAAAUGGACAUCAACCGGCGACGCUACCCAGCCCAUCUGGCCCGCAGCUCUUCCCGCAAGUAUACAGAAUUGCCCCAUGGGGCCAUCUCUGAAGACCAGGCUGUGGGGCCUGCGGACAUUCCCUGUGACUCCACAGGCCAGACCUCAACCUAGAAAGAUGGCCACAGGACUUGCAACUCAGGGUGGUGUCUGAAGAGCAGAGAGUGGCCUGGCCCUGGAGCCUUUUUCUAGUCUUUUCGGAAUAGAUCAUGGGCCUGAGGGCUCCACUUCUUGAGGUCUGAGGCCCAGCAGCCUCUAGAAGGUAGCCUCCUGGUGUUUGUUCUCCCAGUAAAAUGGUUUUGGGCGAUAACUUCUAGAUUAUUCCUGGAUGGCCAGGGAGGCUCUCUGUCUCAGCAGGUGAGGACGGGGGUACCAGGGGUGCCUCUGAGACCCAUUCUCGUGUUUCCCUGUUGUACCUUUUGCCUGCAGGGCAGAGAGAUCUGGUUUCUAGCAAAUUCCCAGUAGGAUGUCAUGUAAGUUCCUUCCCCCUCUUAGAGAUUGAAGGCUGUAAGAGUCCAGAUGGUGGAGCCAGGCUGUCUGGGUUCAAAUGCCAUCUUUGACACUUGCAAGCUAAAUGACAUUACUCAAAUUAAUCAUUCUGCACUUCAGCUUCCUUGUCUAUCAAAUAAAAAGAAUAGUACCUGCCCAA